UCCUGUGCUGUACACCUGAAGCGAGAGAAAACCAAAGAUCACAGCUUCUCGAAAACUCCUGCUGAAGAGCUUGAUGCUAGCCAAGGCCAAGGAGUGCUGGGAGCAGGAGCAUGAGGAGCGCGAGGCUGAGAAGCGGCGCUACCUGGCUGAGCGCAUUCCCACGCUGCAGACCCGAGGCCUGUCACUCAGUGCCCUGCAGGACCUAUGCCGGGAGCUGCACGCCAAGGUGGAGGUGGUGGACGAGGAGCGGUACGACAUCGAGGCCAAAUGCCUCCACAACACCAGGGAGAUUAAGGAUCUGAAGCUGAAGGUGUUGGACCUCCGUGGGAAGUUCAAGCGCCCACCACUGCGCCGGGUCCGUGUCUCAGCUGAUGCCAUGCUCCGAGCCCUGCUGGGCUCCAAGCAUAAGGUGUCCAUGGACUUGCGGGCCAACCUCAAGUCUGUGAAGAAGGAGGACACAGAGAAGGAGCGGCCUGUGGAGGUGGGCGACUGGAGGAAGAAUGUGGAGGCUAUGUCUGGCAUGGAGGGUCGGAAGAAGAUGUUCGAUGCCGCCAAGUCUCCGACCUCACAGUAGAGGACAGCUUGCUAUGGGGUUCCUGCUUCAGGCGCCUUCUUCCACCCUGCUCACCUAUCUCUCUGUCCCAUGUCCAGAGUGUAUCCCUGCGCCCUUUUCCUCCAGCCUGCAUGAUCUCCUCUGGAACCUGGAUGAAUCAGACACUCAAGGGAGAGGAGAGAUGCACAUCUGAGGACCUCAACCCAGCAGAGCAGGCUUCCAGCCCCACAAGGCACCAAGGGCUUCCUGGCAGAGAUGCAGAGAGCUGAGGAGUCAGGGAGAGCAUCCCACUGCUGCUGUGAUGUGUAAUAUCAAUAAGCAUCACGUCCUCUCCAUUAAAAAUUCAGUUUCCUAGUA